UAUGUGGACUCUAUAUAAAUCCUCUGGUCUGCUCAACUAAUUCAGAUUUAAAAUCGACUAUUGAUAAUCUAAAAUCGAUAAAACACGCUAUAUCGCAUAUAAUCGUUACACAGCAUUUCGGCCUAUAUCGAUAUACAUUUAAAUCGUCUGUUAAUGUAUGCGAAAAAUUUGCAGCGUGGAUUACAUAUAGAACUUAUCCGACAGUCCUUUAUAGCCCGCGAAAAACGAAAUAG